UCCGGGGGUCGCCAUCUUGAACAGGAGCAAUAUUAUGGAGGCCAAUCACUGUAUUUCAACAUGUUAAACCGGAGAUUGUCAGUUUGUACAUGGAACAGGUGAAAUUUCCAAUAUAGCACCCAGUUGAUGAGGAAGCUGGCAUGGGAUUGUUUAACAAAAUUGAGGCUUUGGGGAUGAUCCUUUUUAAGAUGGUCCCUCUGAGAGAUGGUCCCUCUGUGCUGUUCAUAUCUGGUUGUUUGGGGUUUUACCCUUUAGAUCAUUUCAUUCUUCAAUUGUGCAAGCUUAGAUAGCAAGAUGUAUUCGUCUUGGAUCUUGGUGGCUGUAAUUGGAGUUGCACAUGUGCAAGCCGGUUAUAAAGUGACUGUGUGGACGUCUAAUGACUGGUGGGCGGGUACAGAUGCAAAUGUAUACAUCUACCUGUAUGGGCACAAAGGAACCACCCCAAAGAAGUUUAUGGAUAAACGCUGGUACAAUGACUUUGAGAGAGGAAGAGUUGAUACCUAUGACAUAACCUCAAGCGACUAUGGUGUUGUUAGGGCCAUUAAGAUAGGACAUGACAACAGAGGAAUGGGACCUGGAUGGAAGUUAGUUAAGGUAAAAGUGACGGAUACAACACGUGGACAGUCAUACUACUUCAACUGUAACUGCUGGUUGGAAAAAUCUUAUCGUCAAAAGACUCUUACACGUCGAGUAAAUGGUGGUUGGUCAGGGUAUGGUAGCUACGGUUCAUGUAGUAAGUCAUGUGGACAGGGUGUAAAGAGAAGGUACCGUAGUUGCAGUAAUCCUAGCCCAGCAUAUGGAGGCAGUUCCUGCAGAGGCUCCACCUAUCAACAGACAUCUUGUCUUGUUAAACAGUGUCCAGUGAAUGGUGGUUGGACAAGCUUUGGUGGCUAUUCCCCCUGUAGCAAGCCUUGUGGAGGAGGCUCCCAAUCCAGUCAACGUAGUUGCACCAAGCCUACACCCCGUUAUGGUGGGGCCUACUGCCCAGGUACCUAUCUACGGACCAGAAGUUGUAACACCCAGCCCUGCCCAAUAGAUGGACGUCUAGGAGCAUGGUCAGGUUACACUGUGUGUACUAGGUCAUGUGGCAGAGGGGUCCAAACGAGAAGUCGUACAUGUAUCGCACCAAAGCACGGUGGGAAGCCAUGCAGUGGAGCAUUGUCAGAGAGUCGGGUUUGUGGAACAACUCAAUGUCCAGUUGAUGGCAUGUUCAGUGAUUGGUCAGACUACACCAUUUGUACAGUAUCGUGCGGAGGUGGCACCCAAACUCGUUCCCGCGAAUGUAUCGCACCACAACAUGGCGGAAAACCAUGUAAUGGUCCAACAACAGAAAGUCAGGUUUGUGGGGUUGAUCCGUGUCCAGUUGAUGGCAUGUUCAGUGAUUGGUCAGACUACACCAUUUGUACAGUAUCGUGCGGAGGUGGCACCCAAACUCGUUCCCGCGAAUGUAUCGCACCACAACAUGGCGGAAAACCAUGUAAUGGUCCAACAACAGAAAGUCAGGUUUGUGGGGUUGAUCCGUGUCCAGUUGAUGGCAUGUUCAGUGAUUGGUCAGACUACACCAUUUGUACAGUAUCGUGCGGAGGUGGCACCCAAACUCGUUCCCGCGAUUGUAUCGCACCACAACAUGGCGGAAAACCAUGUAAUGGUCCAACAACAGAAAGUCAGGUUUGUGGGGUUGAUCCUUGCCCAGUUGAUGGCAAAUUUGGCAAAUGGUCAGACUACACCAUUUGUACAGUAUCCUGUGGAGGUGGCACCCAAACUCGUUCCCGCGAAUGUAUCGCACCACAACAUGGCGGAAAGCCAUGUAAUGGUCCAACAACAGAAAUUCAGGUUUGUGGGGUCGAUCCGUGUCCAGUUGAUGGCAAGUUGAGCGAUUGGUCAGACUACACCAUUUGUACAGUAUCUUGUGGAGGUGGCACCCAAACUCGUUCCCGCGAAUGUAUCGCACCACAACAUGGUGGAAAACCAUGUAAUGGUCCAACAUUGCAGAGCCGUAAAUGCAGUAACAAUUUGUGCCCAAUAGAUGGAGGUUAUGGACAGUGGGAAGAAUAUGGCGAUUGUUCUCAAGAGUGCGGAGGGGGGAUUCAGACACGAAAGCGAUCAUGCGACAGUCCAACUGCCCAACAUGGGGGAAAAGAAUGUGAUGGGCCUUCAUCUGAGGAGCGCCCUUGUAAUGAGCAGCCAUGUUGUGCUACAGGAGGCGGAAUACAGUCCUGCGCUGGUCAAGCAGACGGAAUUUACCAGUUAUGUGACACCUGCAAGAAAUACAUUGCCUGCUCAGGUGGCGCAGAAUUUAUUAUGGACUGUGGCAUUAAGGAUCCCAGAACUCGUGCAAGUUUAGUAUGGAAUGAUGAGGACAAGACAUGCGAUUUUGCCUCUUCCACAUGUACACAGCCUGAAGCAGUUGAGCAAGUUGCUCCAGAGGAGGAAGAGCAAGUUGCUCCAGAGGAAGAACAAGUUGCUCCAGAGCAAAUCGAGGCUCAGCCAGAAGAACAAGUAGAUUUGACAGGACAGGGCAGAGGACAGGCAAGAAGUGGAGGACGUGGGGGUGAUGGUGGUCGCCUCACAAAAUAUGAUUAGACUAAAUCUUGUAUACACCCU